ACGUGUAUCUCGGUGUGAAAACGCCCAGUGUUUGGGAAACUGCUCUUUUUUUGUUCUGCUUGAGCUCAACGGCUGCAGUCCUGGAUUCAGUGAGAGCUGAGGAACAAAUCACUUUCAGCAGAAACCGUGAACUAAGAGUCAUCAAAGCUUUCUGACGCAGCUGCAGCGAUCUUCUGAGGAGAGGGGAGCAGUUCAAGGCCUAAUGAAAGAAGAAAGGCAAGAUCUGAAUGAGGUGGAGGAGAAAUAUCAGGAUCAGAAAGAUCAAGAUGUCAAUGGCAAAAAAUCAGUGAGUUCCAGCCUUAAAACAACAGAAGUCAAGAGGCCUUUCAGCUGCUCUCAGUGUGGAAAGAGUUUCAUAUUUAACAGUAAUCUUAAGACUCACAUGUUAUUUCAUACUGGGAUAAAGCCUUUCAGCUGCUCUCAGUGUGGAAAGAGUUUUACACGCAAAGAAAACCUUGAGAAGCACAUGUUUAUUCAUAUUGGAAUAAAGCCUUUCAGCUGCUCUCAGUGUGGAAAGAGUUUUACACGGAAAGGAAGCUUAAAGGAUCACAUGUUUAUUCAUACUGGAAUAAAGCCUUUCAGCUGCUCUCAGUGUGGAAACACUUUUGCACGCAAAGAAAGCCUUGAGAAGCACAUGUUUAUUCAUACUAGAAUAAAGCUUUUCAGCUGCUCUCAGUGUGGAAAGAGUUUUACACGGAAAGGAAGCUUAAAGGAUCACAUGUUUAUUCAUACUGGAAUAAAGCCUUUCAGCUGCUCUCAGUGUGGAAACACUUUUGCACGCAAAGAAAGCCUUGAGAAGCACAUGUUUAUUCAUACUGGAAUAAAGCCUUUCAGUUGCUCUCAGUGUGGAAAGAGUUUUACACGGAAAGGAAGCUUAAAGGAUCACAUGUUUAUUCAUACUGGAAUAAAGCCUUUCAUCUGCUCUCAGUGUGGAAAGAGUUUUAUACAGAAAGCACAACUUGAGACUCAUUUGGUAACUCACACUUUAGAUAAAUCUUUCAGCUGCUCUCAGUGUGGAAAGAGUUUUACAAAUAAAGUAAGCUUAAAGCAUCACAUGUUAAUUCAUACUGAAAUAAAGCCUUUCAGCUGCUCUCAGUGUGGAAAGAGUUUUACAUCUAAAGUAGGCCUUAAGAACCACAUGAUAAUUCAUACUGGAAAAAAGUAUUUCAGCUGCUCUCAGUGUGGAAAGCAUUUCAUAUGUAACAGUCAUCUUAAGAGGCACAUGUUAAUUCAUACUGGGAUAAAGUCUUUCAGCUGCUCUCAGUGUGGAAAGAGUUUUACCCUGAAAGAAAACCUUAAGACUCAUUUGGUAACUCACACUUCAGAAAAUCCUUUCAGCUGCUCUCAGUGUGGAAAGUGUUUUACAUAUAAAUCAAGCCUUAAGAGGCACAUGUUAAUUCAUAUUGGGUAAAAGUCUUUCACUUGCUCUCAGUUUGGAAAAACUUACACAGAAAGGACACUAAAAGGUUAAUUUGGUAACUCGCUCUUCAUAAAAGCCUUUCACCUUGGGGAGUUAAAGUAAAUGACUGUUUUUCUGAAUGACUGUCAUCAACUUGAUCACCUCAAGGAUGUGUCCUCUCCCCCUUAUUAUUUAUCUUGUACACAAAGACUGUAAAAGUAGUUUUAGAAAUAGGCAUAUUAUAAAAUUUGCUGAUAAUUCCGUAAUUGUUAGCUUAUUGAGUGAGGAGGACUCCAUGAUUGGCCCUGUGGUUUAUGAUUUUAUUAUGUGGUGUCAGAAUGCUUUCUUGAAACAUACUGUAAAGGCACAAAAUGUAAUUUUUCACCGCUGGAGGGCGUAUAUUCAAAAUAAGCCGUCUAAGUGAAACAAGGCCAACGAACCUUGACACACGUAUAGCUUGAAAGCUUUUAUUAUGCCAGAGUUGAUCGCUUCCACUGCUUCCAGUCGUGCGUAUGAGAGGAAAAGCAGCACUGUUUUCAUAUACUAGAUACGUUUGAAAGUCCUGUUUUAAUGCUACUCUGUGUGGUCGUCACCAGUCUAUUAAAACACACAACAUUAAAGCGUC